AAAAACCUUCGCGCACAAGAUCGCCUCGCACAACACCGAGUGUGUGUGUUUUGUCGUCUGCUGUCCGUCGAUUAAAGCACGCAGUUGGUUCUAGAGUGAAACGAAGCAUGGCGGCACGAUUGAUAAAGAAAAUUACGGUUGCACCGUUCGGUGCCCGCACGUUUGCGUCCGGCACGCGCAAAGUGACGCUCAUCCCGGGGGAUGGCAUUGGGCCGGAAAUUUCCGCCGCCGUGCAGAAGAUCUUCGCCGUCGCCAACGUGCCGAUCGAAUGGGAAACGGUCGACGUAACGCCGGUGCGGAACCCCGAUGGAAAGUUCGGUAUCCCGCAGGGCGCCAUCGACUCGGUGAACCGCAACAAGGUCGGCCUGAAGGGACCGCUGAUGACGCCGGUCGGCAAGGGGCACCGGUCGCUUAAUCUGGCCCUGCGCAAAGAGUUCAACCUGUACGCGAACGUGCGCCCGUGCCGCAGCCUCGAGGGCUACAAGACGCUGUACGACAACGUGGACGUGGUGACGAUCCGCGAGAACACCGAGGGCGAGUACUCCGGCAUCGAGCACGAGAUCGUGGACGGUGUGGUGCAGAGCAUCAAGCUCAUCACCGAGGAAGCGUCGAACCGCGUGGCCGAGUACGCGUUCAAGUACGCCAAAGACAACAACCGUAAGAAGGUGACGGUGGUGCACAAGGCCAACAUUAUGCGCAUGUCGGACGGGCUGUUCCUGCGCUGCUGCCGCGACAUGGCGCAAAAGUACCCGGAGAUCAAGUUCGAGGAGCGCUACCUCGACACGGUCUGCCUGAACAUGGUGCAGGAUCCGCGCAAGUACGACGUGCUGGUGAUGCCAAACUUGUACGGUGACAUUCUGUCCGACAUGUGCGCCGGUCUGGUCGGUGGGCUCGGCCUCACGCCGUCCGGCAACAUGGGCCUGAACGGUGCGCUGUUCGAAUCGGUGCACGGCACGGCGCCCGACAUCGCGGGCAAGGAUUUGGCCAACCCGACCGCCCUGCUGCUGUCGGCGGUGAUGAUGCUGCGGCACAUGGAGCUGAACCAGCACGCGGACAAGAUCCAGAGCGCCUGCUUCGAGACGAUCAAGGAGGCGAAGUACCUUACCGGCGAUCUCGGCGGCAAGGCCAAGUGCUCCGAGUACACCAAUGCCAUCUGCGAUAGAAUCAAGUAAACCAAAAGCGCGUGUCACCGCCCCGGCGACGCAAGUAGGCUGUGGCUGCGGGGUGAAAAAUUCCUACCAGUCCUAGACGCCUGCCUGAGAUAGAAGAAAACGCGCGCGCGAACCCUUCAAACGCCAUAAAAAAACAAGACGCGAGCGAGCGAGAAAAAGAGAGAGAGAGAGAGCGAGAGGAAGUACUACAAUAGUGGUUGUUUCUAGUGAAUUGCGAAGCAAAGGAUCGUACGAGGAAUGCAAACACACCCAUGCAGUAACUAGCGAACUAUUUAUUUGUAAUUUUAAAAGCAAACGGAAUCCAACACAAACCAACAGACAGACAGACAGACACACACACAUCCACCGAUCAGUCCCGGCGCGCCCGUUUUCUUUCCAAUGCAGUAACAGCAAAUGUACCCCACAUCCGAGGAGCACCCGCGCGACAUGUAGGCUUCUUCAGACAUGGGCACCAGUAUUAGGAUGAACAAGACACCCUAACCACCCGGCAAAAUACGUCCAAAAACCGACCAAGUAUCGAGCAAACGAGUCUGACUCCUGCCCCACAAGUAACUGGAACAUUACACUCACACAGCCUGCGCCAUCCGUUUCCGCUUCCUUCAGACACAGACAAUAAGACGCAGCUUGGCGCAUUUCGUCCUCUAUCGGAGGAUGAAGGUGUUGUGAUGUUAGGAUGUCAGGUUGCAGAAUGGAGCUUUCCCCCUUUCGUUUUGUUCUAUGAAUUAGUCAUUAGGCUGCCCCGACCACCCCCCUCGGAUGGGUGUUCUUUGCCUGCCCCACGAGAAUUGAAUGCAUUAGUGGAAGAGCAAAAACCCGUAAACUGAACGUUGGAAACGAAAAACGAACAAGCUGCGGUGCGAGCGCGCGCAUGCGUAAACACGAACAACACGCGAAAUGAUGCGCGGAACUGUUUCACCAAAAAGUCGAAAUAAAACUUGUCUCAAAAUUA